CUAAUUUUUUAGGGCUUUUCUUAUCCAUUUACCAUGAGCUCAAUGUCCCCAUCAAAUCCCAUCAGAAAGUGCUGCAAUAAAAUCAAAACAAUAGUAAAAAAUGAUUAAAUCCCACUUUUAAUUGUUCUUUCUUGUACUUUGCUAUUCGUUUUUUUAGACAUCAUUCUUCUAUUCCCUAUUUUCUAUUGUUAUGUGCUUCAGCUGUUUCUAAUUCUUCAGAUCAUCAGCAGUUUUAUCAUGGACUUUGAGGACCGAGUUGUUGCGCAAGAUGCUGCGAACCAAGAUGAGCAACCGUGGGCCCUCAGCCUGCAUUCUUUUUCUGAUUUAUCAUGUGUUUCACCAGUUGUGUUUCUGUACCUUUUAAAAGAAUCUUAUAUUUACGGGAAGUCAAAAGCGACAAAAAAAUUUCGAGCUCUGCAACAACAAGUCAAUCUAGCACUUAAAAAUGCGCCUAAGCCUGGACCGGCUGUAUUUGUUCUUCAUUGCCUCUAUGUACUUCCAGUAUUUGAGUCAUAUGCUGAGGGUUUUAGUCACUUGAUUGUACUUUCUCUUCGUAAAUUCCUGAAAUCCUAUACCAAUUCAGCUGACUUGCUAGAAGCACAGGAUCUUGCUGCACAGUUAUUCCUUGAUGUUUAUCAGGGUUUUGUAAACCAUGAUGAGAGGAUACUUGUAAAAAUAAUUGAAGCUCUUGAUGUGAAGCUGGUGAACAUUGAAAAGGCUUUGCGCCGUUCGGUUGUUAAGAACUUUUCUUAUGACAAGGCUGAAACUUUCAUGGAACAGUAUAUUCAUCGACGCAUAGAUGCUCAGUCAUACAUGACCGCUGUUUCCUUGUUGGAACAAUUCGAUAUCCGCCACGCCGGAGAUUCUUUCCUAUUAAAAAUGUUAGAGGAUAAAGACUUGAGAGCAGCAGAGAAAUGGGCUUCAUAUAUGGGUAAGUCAAUGUUGUGUCUUCUUGUCCAGGAGCAUGUUAAGAUGAAUAUGCUAGAAAGUGCAUAUGGGAUUAUAAAGAGGAACAAUCUACAAGAAGAUUUUCCGGAUGUUUACCAUAAGUGUAAAGAAAGCAAAUUGAAGACUCUAGCUGAGAAAGGAUGCUGGGAUGUUGCAGAGCAUAGGGCAAAAAAUGAUAGGCAACUUCUUGAAUAUCUUGUUUAUCUAGCGAUGGAAGCUGGCUAUUCUGAGAAGGUCGAUGAAUUAUGUGAACGCUACAUGCUGGAAGGGUUUGUAAAAGCUAAAGAACCUGAUGUCCUUCCUCUUCAGAGUCGAUAUUUGCAUCUUCAUGAAUUGUUCAUAGAUGACAUAAUUUGGGUUGAUGAUACUGAUAGUCUGCAAAAAGCUACUUCUUAUAUUGAAGGGUGUAAGGUAGUUGGUGUAGAUUGUGAGUGGAAGCCUAACUAUGUGAAAGGUAGCAAAGCCAACAAGGUUUCUAUUAUGCAAAUUGCUUCGGAAAAGAUCGCUUUCAUUGUUGAUUUGAUUAAGCUGUAUGAUGAUGCUCCUGAAAUUAUGAACAGCUGCUUAUCUCGCAUUCUGCACUCUCCUAGAGUUCUAAAGCUUGGUUAUAAUUUUCAAUGUGAUAUGCAUCAGUUAGCUCAGUCUUACCAAAAUCUGGACUGUUUUAAGCGCUUUGAAAUGCUUCUCGACAUUCAGAAAGUAUUUAAAGAGCCUUGCGGUGGGUUAUCUGGCCUCGUAAAGAAAAUAUUGGGAGCUGGUCUAAACAAAACAAGAAGGAACAGCAACUGGGAACAAAGACCUCUUACUCAGCAGCAAUUAGAGUAUGCAGCUCUCGAUGCGGUUGUUCUAGUUCAUCUAUUCCACCAUAUCGGCAGCCACUCUCAACCACUAGAUGUCCACGACAAAACUGCCAAAAUGGAAUGGAAAUCCCACAUUGCUUCACAUAUUAGUAAUACCAAGAUGUUGCGGAAGGACGAGUCUAGGAGUGACCUGAAAUCUGAAGAUGAGGACGAGCAACCCGAUUUCUCUUAAAUUUCUAACACUUUGAACGAUUAACUGUAAAUACUUGCUAGUUUAGAGAGUUUCCUCAUAUUCUGAUUUUGAGGAAGUGCUGUACAUAUCUCUGCACGCAUACUAUGAUCAGUAAUGCAUACGUUUGACAGGGAGCAGUUUGUGUAUAUUCAAAAUCCCCCGUCUUUUCCCAAGGUAUGCAUUUACUUAUAGCAAUUAACUUUAUAGUGCCUGUCGUCAUCUUGUGUAUGUUAAAGUUACACUUUAUAUGCUUCGUCUUAUUUUGACUUAA